AUGCCCAACUCAACAAACCCUUCGGAUUAUUGUACCUUGGGUACAUGUCCCCUCUCCGAAGCACACGUCAAUUAUGUUCCCUCUUUGCCGGGAAAUGCAUUCUUUCUCGCCCUUUUCGCGGUCUUGUUGGCUGCUCAAGUGGUACUCGUCAUUCGAUAUCGAACUUGGGGUUACUUUGCAGGCCUCUUCGGCGGACUCGUUCUGGAAGUGAUUGGAUACGCCGGACGAUUACAGAUGCACAACAAUCCUUUUCGCUUUAAUCCUUUCCUCGAGUACCUUGUCUGCUUGACUAUUGCCCCAGCCUUCCUCAGUGGCUCGAUUUACAUCUGCCUGGGUCGCAUAGUUACCAUCUACGGCGAGAACAUCUCCCGACUGCAGCCCAAGACCUAUACAAUCGUCUUUGUGACUUGUGAUCUCGUGUCUCUCAUCCUCCAGGCUGCAGGCGGAGCUAUCACUUCCAUGGCGAAGUCGAAUCAGAAUGGCCUGGCGCAGAACGGUAUCAAUAUCAUGAUAGCUGGUCUGUCUUUUCAAGUUGCUUCUCUAGCCCUUUUCAUGGGGCUCUGUCUUGACUUUGCAUGGAAAGUGAGGAAACACCACCACGAUCUCAAUCCCAAUAUUCGCAUGCGAGAAGUUCGUGAAAGCGUCCUCUGGAAAGCGUUCUUGGUUGGACGUCUUUGGACUCGACUCAGACUAAUGGAAGAUCGACCACCAGGUCUUGCCCUCACUACAUUGACGAUUUUCGUGCGAUCUACCUUUCGGGUUGCCGAGCUUCAAGGGGGAUUCCACAGUGCGCUUGCCAAUAAUCAGGUGAUGUUUAUGAUUCUCGAAGGUGCGAUGAUUGCUAUCGCUACCAUCUGCAUGACCGUCCUCCAUCCCGGCCUAUGCUUCAACGGGCUCUGGGAUGCAACCAAGUGGACUUUUCGCCGAUCCCGCAAGGGCGAGCAGGAUACAGUUGAAAUGGGCGACAACCGAAAGGCUAGCCCUAGCCCAACUCUUGCCUAA